AUGAGCGACUUCACAUCAAAAGUAAAAGUCCUCCGGGACGGCCAAAAGCCCGAAUUUCCUUCCAACGCCAACACACUCGAAUACGCUCAGAGUCUCGACGCCCAAGAUGAGCUCAGACAUUUCCGAAAUGAAUUCAUCAUUCCCACUCGCGCUUCGCUGAAGAAGAAGGCUCUUGACGGGAUCAUUCCCGGCACCCAAGCAAACGGCACCACUACUUCUACCGACGCUGACACCCCCUGCAUUUACUUCGUCGGCAACUCCCUCGGCGCCCAACCCAAGGCCGUCCGGCACUACCUCGAAGCGCAACUCGAGACCUGGGCCUCCAUCGGCGUCAACGGCCACUUCUCCUCACUUUCCAACUCGCCCCUCACCCCCUGGCAAGACAUGGCCGCCGACUGCGCCGCCAAAUCCGCCGCCAUCGUCGGCGCCGCGGACCCUUCCGAAGUGGUCAUCAUGAACACCCUGACCGUCAACCUGCACUUCAUGAUGGCCUCCUUCUACCGCCCAACCGACAAGCGACACAAGAUCAUCCUGGAAUGGCGUCCCUUCCCCAGCGACUGGUACGCCUUCCAGUCGCAGAUCGAGUGGCACGGCUUAGACCCCGAGAAAAGCAUAGUGGAGAUGCAGCCUGACGAAAACCUGUACUUGUCGACGGAAAAGAUCCUGGCCACCAUCGAUGAACAUGCAGAGGACGCUGCACUACUGCUCCUGCCGGGUAUUCAGUACUACACCGGCCAGCUAUUCGACAUCCCGCGCAUCACCAAGUACGCUCAGGAGCGUGGCAUCGUGGUCGGCUGGGACUUGGCUCACUGCGCGGGUAACGUCGAGCUUCAGCUGCAUGACUGGAACGUCGAUUUUGCCGUGUGGUGCACGUACAAGUACCUCAACGGUGGUCCUGGGUCCAUGGCUGGCGCUUUUGUGCACGAGCGCCACGGCAAGGUGGACAUGAGCUUGGGCAAGCCGGUAUUCAAGCCAAGGCUGAGCGGAUGGUAUGGUGCCGAUAAGAGCGUGCGGUUCAAUAUGGACAAGGAGUUCCAGCCCACGCCUGGUGCGCAGGGCUUCCAGGUGAGCAACCCGAGUGCCAUCGACUUGACGAGCUUGGCGGCUGCCUUGUCGGUGUUCAACAAGACGAGCAUGAAGGAUUUGAGGAGUAAGGCGCUGGUGUUGACGGCGUAUACGGAGCAUUUGUUGGAUGAGAUCGUCAGGAGACAGCCAGAGGGCGAGGAGCCGGCCUUCAAGAUCAUUACGCCCAGGGAUCCUUUGCAGAGAGGGACGCAAUUGAGCUUGUUGUUGAGGGAUGGCUUGAUGGAUAAGGUGGCGGCGGCGCUGGAGGAAAACGGUGUGGUGUGCGACAAGAGGAAACCAAACGUGAUUCGCGUGGCGCCGGUGCCAAUGUACUGCCGGUUCGAGGAUGUGUGGAAGUUUAUGGAGAUCUUUGAGGCGGCUAUCAGGGGUUAG